AGUUGUUGCCGAGCAACUAUACUGUGUAUGAACGUCAAGGAAAGAAGGUGGAAAUGAAUGAAAGUGAAAAAUGGUACGGAUGUUAAUACAAGUUUGUUUUAGUAUAAAGUAUAAACUAAUAGACUAAUACAUUUAAAACUAUUGACAAAACCUAUUGGGUUAAUAACAGAAAAGUUUACUUUGCAAAUAACAUAGACGACGGUAAACUCUAAUUUAUCUAUAUAAAUAAUUUGCAUAGAAUCCUUUUGUUUACAUUAAAUAAUUGACAAUUUCUUACUUCAAACACGAAAAAACUAACAAUAUCAAAGGUAAAAGUAGGAUAUUAUUUAAGCGAAUUGUUCAAAAUUGAUCUCAUCUAUUUGUUUACACCUUUUCUUUUAUUAGGCGAUUAUUUAGGCUUGAUUAAGGGUUGUCAACUAGGAUUAAGUAUAAAAGCUGAGAGGACGAACUAGCAAUUUCUCCUCUAUAUUACCUAUUAACGGCUUAUAUUUCGUGUAAUAACGAGGAUAAUCGCAAAAUAAUUGUUUAAAGGGUUAUUUCAUUUUGAAAUUAAACUUUCUGACGAUUUAACAACUAAUUAAAAUGGAGAAAAAUCCUUUUUUAACAGCUAUCUCAAGCCGAUCGAUUGCCUUCACGUUUCAGUGGUUCUUGAAGAUGCAAUUGAUCAAUUAGCCGUCUUAGGAAAGAUUAUGCCAGCCGCAGUUGCUGAUUCAGAAGAAAAUGACGAAUUGCUUCAAGAUGAUUUAAAUGGUUUAAGAGACGAUCAAACGACUCACGAAGAACAAUUUAAUAAGGCUCUAAAACAAAAGGAUACUUUAACGGCUGGUUUCAAAAAUUUAAAAGAGGGUAGGGAAGAGGCUUUAAAGAAUGUGGCAAAAUUCGGAAAACAGUUAAAAGAUCAAACAUUUUUGUUCGGACAAGGUCUACGACAGAAUCCAUUGGCUCCUGAUAACCUGCAGAAGGUUCAAGAAGAUAGAACAUACUUAGAAGGAAUCUUAAAUGAGACUCUAAGUGAGAUUUGCGGACCUCAUUCCUUCAGUAAAUUAAUAAAGGCGGUCACUGAGGAACAGAAAAAGAAAGCUCGGUUAAUGAAUAUUAUUUUAAAAGAAGAAGAAUCUAGGAAGAGAAUUAAAAUGCUGCAAAAGAGAAUAGUUGAAGUUAAGAGAGAAAGGGAAGUUGAAGUAUCGGAAAGAAAUCAGAUGAUUGCUCAUCUAAAAGACCAAUUACAAGAGAUGAAGGCAAAAACACAUAUGGAAGGUAAAUAUAUUCGUAAAUGUGCCGAAGUUCAAGUUGCCGAAAGUCAGAAAAGGUGUAAUAUAUCAGAGAGAGAUUUAGAGGAUACAAAAGAUCUCUACCGACUAAAGAUGGACGAAGAGUCAAGAGUUCACGCAGAAACUUGCGUUUUCUUGGAAAAGCAUAUAUAUGAUCUACAAAAAAAAUUAGAUGAUUGGAUAAAUAGACACGAUGUUGACGUGGCCAAAUUAGAUCAUGAUUUAGAAGUUUUACAAGUUUCAAAAGCCAAAGAUCUUGAACGAUUGGACGAAUUAACAAAAUUGUAUAAGGAAUACGAACAAGUUGUUGUUGAGGAUAGAGUAAAAAAGGAAAAACAAAAGAGAAAAGAUGAACAAGAAGAGAACGAACUAAAAUCCGCAAUUAAAAUACAAGCAUGGUUCAGAGGUGUGAUGGUUAGAAGAUGUCUUGGUCCAUUUAGGCAAAAGAAGGGAAAGAAGGGCAAAAAAGGAAAGAAAGGAAAAAAGGGAAAAAAAGGAAAGAAAUAAACAAAGCAUCUAAAUAGAGUCAAUUAUUUUAGGUGCUUAUUGCCGAUAUUAGCCGCUUUAAGUAUUAAAUAAUAGCUUUUUAACUAUUUAAUUAUUAAUUCUAAUACAAAUAAGUUAAAAAAAUAUGUUGAAUGUAACAAAGUAAAAUUACAACAGGUGUAGAAAAUAUUCCAUUUUAAUACAUAAUAAACUCUUUCUCUCCUUCUCUCUACACUCUUUCAAUGUUCUCUUUUCAAGUUGUUAACAGCCUAUUCAAAUAUAUAAAUAUAUAUUCAAGUUUUAAUGAAAAAAUUUGCUACAAUAUCAAAAGUAUAAAGAAGUAUUUUUUUUUUAUU